AGCCAUUGCUAUCAUGCAAAUAGGAUACAGCUGCUUUGUCUGUAAAACUUUGACAGUCCUCGCUGUUAUGUGAACCUUCUGAUUCUUCCAAUGGUUGCAUAAAUACCCCAUAUCCACCCGAGAAAAUGUUCCAAAUCCUGACAAUGCUGUUGCUGGAAAUGCAGCUCUGGGUGGUUUCAGGUUUAUUUACAGUUGAAGUUCCUCAGCAGCUGUAUGUUGCUGUGUAUGGGAGCAAUGUGACCAUGGAAUGCAGAUUCCCUGUGAAUGGCUCAUUGAACCUGGGACUCUUAAGUGUUGUCUGGGAGCAGAAGAGGCAAGGUCAGUCAGAAUCAAGAGACGUGUACACACUUCACAAGGGGCAAGCGCUCCCUCCAUCCCAGCAUCAUGAUUACAUGGGAAGAGCAGCACUGUUACACGACGAACUGAAAUUGGGACGAGCUAUCCUUCAAAUCACCAGCGUAAAGGUCACAGAUGCAGGAUCAUACCUUUGUCUUAUUGACUACCAGGGCGCUGACUACAAGUACAUUACUUUGGAAGUAACAGCAUCCUACAGGAUAAUAAACACUCAAGUAAUGAGAAAAGGGAAUGAAGAAAAGUUUGUUUUUAUAUGUCAGUCAGAAGGCUUUCCUCUGGCAGAGGUAUUCUGGCAAAAUGAGAAGAACAUCAGUCUCACUGGGUCUGCAAAUACCACCUACAUGCUGACUGCAGAUGGCCUCUACAAUGUCACCAGCAUCCUCAUGUUCAAGCCAAACAUGAGUGAGAACUACAGCUGCAUUUUCUGGAAUAAAGAACUGAAUGAAGAAUCUUCAGCUCACUUUUUCACUUUAGCUUUAUUGAGUACACUGUACAGUGGACAAAAAUCCCUGAUCUUAUUUAUCAUCGCCACGUGUGUGAUAGUAACAGUCCUUCUUUCUGCAUUCAUAAUCUUUCAAAAGAGAAAAUCGUUCAAGAAAUGCCAUGCCAAAAAAAAGACAGGAAAACUGAACCCUAGCCUGACAGAUGAGAACAGAGAUGACUAUAGCCCUCAAACUGAGGCUGCAUACUUGUCAACUGCCACAUUUUCUGAAGACAGUGGGAAUGUGAGUCUGUGAGAACUCCUCAUCUCACAUGCUGGAAUUUGCACUUUUUAUAUCUGUUUCUGAGGACUUCAGAAGAAUGUUACAGCACUUUAGCUUUAGAUGAACAAUGAACUUGUGGGAGUUUGUUCGCACUAGAUUAAUGGACAGCUGUGCUUCUUCAGACACAGUAUCCUGAAGUUACUGAGAAUUGUGCUGUUAUUAAAUAUGGUUUACUACUGGGAAAAGGUUUUCUGA